UCUUCUAUGACUGAAACAGCAGGUCAAUUACUAGGUCACGCCGUUCCAGUUUGCCGAUGGAUCCCGCAAGGUUCACCUAAUCCAUCUACAACAGCACCUGCUUACCCACGGUUUCCAAACGACGUGAGGGAAUGGACCGGAUUCUUUCGAGUUGUUAGACUUGGUGUACAACAACAUAAUCUUCCGGCUGGGCAAUUCCCCACCUUAUCAAUAACCGAUGGACAGCCUCUCAGAGUCGAAGGCGAUGCAAAAACGCGUUUAUAUGCUAACGUAUUAUUACCUGUCAAAGAGAAGGAUUAUUCGUUGAAACACCUGCCAGAUUCUUGGAUGCCGGUGGAAAUGAAAACGCGCCACAAUCUUGAUUUACGCGGUUAUAAUUUCUGGGAUAUUUACCGAUAUAAUGACCGGCGUGGGAUAAUGGAUCCAAAUUUUGGUGACCAGUGUCGAAGAUUCGAUCCAAAUUUUAAAUUCAAGAAAAGAAUCCCAUUGCAGAUAUUUGGUGAAAUGGCCUGUAAUGGUCUCCAUUAUGGCAUUUUAUCAAAUUAUAGCGAUACGUACUUUUUUAAGCGAGAAGAAACAACUCCAACCACCCUUUAUGUUUCUCGUGUUGUUCAACCCACUGAUACUAAUCCAACUUUACGCGAAUGCGUUUACUAUAUCAGCCAACUUGCCAUUAAUGAUAAUGUUGGCGAUAGAUUAGGAUGUGGCGCGUUUGACAAUUUUUCAUCUAAUGAUAAUGAUGAUGACUCUAGUUACCAUGAUUCUAAUGAUUAUGACGACCCUGAUUAUGACCCUGAUGACUCUGAUGGUGAUGAUUAUGUUGGUUUAAGGAAGAGGCAGAGAAAAUCAAAGAGAAUUACUGUAGGUGAUUACAUAGGUGGCGGGUCAUUCGGAAAAGUUUUUUCUGGAUGUUAUGACAAACAUAAUGUGGCAUGGAAGACUUGUGAUGUAUAUAAGCAACAAGAGGAGAUGAAAACGCUUAAACAUAUAUUCUAUUUUAAAAGAAUGUUAAGACUCACAAAAAAGGAAAAAGAAUUAAUAGUCAAUCAACUUAAGUCAAUUCAUAAUUAUGGCGUCCUACAUAAUGACAUCUCAAAGCAAAAUAUUCUAUAUGAACCAAAGAGUCGCCAUUACUUUUUUAUUGAUUUUGGCUUGAGUGAGAUCGUGAAUAAUGAGUCGCCGAAAUUGCGCAAGGAAGAAAGGAGAUUAAAAAGACUUUUACGACUUUAA